AUGACGGACCUAGGAUUGCUAAAGUACUUCCUGGGAUUGGAAGUGAAGCAAGGUGAUGGGUUCGUAUUCGUAUCUCAGAAGAAAUAUGCCGAGGAUCUUCUCAGCAAGGCGGGGAUGCUUAAUUGCAAAGUUGAACCUACUCCAAUGAAUACCAAUGAAAAGUUGAGACUAGAAGAUGGAUCUGGUCAAGCCAACGCCGAGAGGUAUAGGAGGCUGGUUGGAUCCUUGUUGUACCUCACACAUACGAAACUGGAUUUGAUGUUUGUUGUCUCAGUUGUCUCAAGAUACAUGCAACGGCCCAUAGUGCAUCAUUUGGGUGUAGUCAAGAGGAUCCUAUACCAUGUGGCAAGAACCUUGGACCAUGGAUUAUUAUAUAGAAACUCAUGCAAACUAAAACUCACUGGUUUUUCAGACAGCGAUUGGGGAGGCUCAUUGGAUGAUAGAAAGAGUGUCUCAAGCUGGGUGUUCAAUCUUGGCUCAGCUGUCGUAGCGUGGAGCUCAAAGAAACAAGACAUCACAGCCCUGUAG